AUGGGCAACCAAUGCAGUGGAGAGCCGGCCGGCAGCGCUGAGGAGGUCCGCGCUGUGGCCGGCAACGCCGAGAACCGCAUGCACCUGCGCCGGGUCCAGCCGCGUCCCGAGCCGCCACUGACUCUGCCGGACUUCCCUGAGAUGAAGGAGGUCUUCCCCGCCUCAGCGCCGCCCAGCGUAGGCCUCUUCACCGACGUGGAGUUCCCGGCCAGCGAUGAAUCCAUCGGCGGCGUGAAAGGCGACGCGGCCAACCCCAACGUGGGGCGCUACCUCGAGGAGAUGCUUCACCUGGUGGUGCCCGGCUGGGUGCGACCGCGCCAGAUGAUCGGCAAGGAGGCCAAGCAGUACAAGCUGUACCAGUCCACCGGCGAGCCGUGCCUCUUCAAGAACGUGUCCCCGCGCGACAUUCAGCAGGGCUACCUUGGCGACUGCUGGCUGGUCUCCUCCUUCGCGGCUCUGGCGGAGUACCCGGACCGGGUGCGCGCCCUCUUCAAGCAGCACACCCUCACGGAGGACGGCCGCUAUGACAUCCGCCUCUACGCACCUCACGAGGAGGAGUGGAAGGUGAUUACCAUCGACGACCGCCUGCCCUAUUGGCAGCGCCCUGGGACGUAUGGCACCUGCUGCUUCGCCAAGCCCACCAAGGAGAACGAGUUUUGGCCUUGCCUCCUGGAGAAGGCCGUGGCCAAGUUCGUGAAGGCCUACUACCGCAUCGAUGGCGGAUUCGAGUCCAUCGCCUUGGAGAUGCUCACGGGAAAGCCGGCCAUCAGCAUCGGCAUCUCUGCGCUGCAGGAUGGCAACCACCAGCCCUACGCGAUCCUCACGGGCCCCAACAACCGCAUGUGCAUGCAUGCCACCGUGUACCUCCGCCAGAAGAGCAUCGACGCCGGCUGGAGCUAUUGGGGCCAGGAUGCAUCGAAGUUUUGUGACAACAAGACGGCGCUCAGCGACCCCGAGCUCUGGCAGAAGCUGAAGGACUCCAACAAGGAGGGCUACAGCCUGGCCUGUGGAUCCCGGUGCGAGUACAAUGGCAUUCUACAGGGCCAUGCCUACACCAUCCUGCGCAUGCUGGACGUGCCUGUGACCCGCCAGGGCAAGACGCAGACCAUCCAGCUCAUGCACGUGCGCAACCCUCACAUGACCAACGAGUGGAAGGGCAAGUGGCGCGACGACGACAAGACGACUUGGAACGCUUACCCGGAGGCACUCAAGGCGACGGGGCACAAGGUCGGGGUCAAGGACAACGGUGUCUUCUGGAUGGAAUGGGAGGACUUCAAGAAGGGCUUCGCGGAGAUCGCCAUCUGCUUCGACAAGCAGGACGAGGGCAAGCGCUACACGGACACCAGCGCCAAGGCCCACGCGGAGCACGUGAAGGUGGAGUGGGGCCUCACCGGGCCUCAGAAGUGGGAGGGCCUCUGA